AUGCCAAAAGUCCUCGUUCUCGCUGCUACAGGUUUCGAGCCAAUGGAGCUUGUUAACCCAACAGAUCUUCUCCGCCGUGCUGGUGCCGAUGUUAAGGUUGCUGCCGUCGGAACACAAGGAUUACAAGUUGAUGCUGCUCACGGCGUCAAGAUUGUUGCUGAUGUCAAGUUCGAUGCUGUCAAGAACGAAACAUUCGAUCUCAUCAUCGCACCAGGUGGCAUGCCAGGCACAAAGAACCUUGCUGCUAAUCAUGAUGUUGUUGAAUUCAUCAAGCGCCACGACAAGGCCGGCAAGCUCGUCGGUGCUAUCUGCGCUGCUCCAGGCUUCGUCCUCGCUCAGGCCUGCGGCAUCAUGAAGGGCAGAAAGGGUUGUGGCUACCCAGGCUGCGAUAAUGCUAUUGCUGAGACAGGUGGUGAACUCACAACAGAUGCUGUUACACGCGAUGGCAACGUCAUCACAUCCCGCGGCCCAGGCACAUCUCAGCAGUUCGGUCUCGCUCUCAUUGAGGCCCUUAUCUCUAAGGAGAAGGCUCAUGAUGUCGCCAAGGGUGCCAUCCUUGCUUAA